AUGGUCAGUACCACGUCUCCACUAGCCUUUGCCGAAAGGCGUUCUCCAGGAAAAGUCGGAAAGAGGGUCGUGGCAUAUACCAACGCUUUCAAGCUCACAUGGGAUGUGGGGAAAGUCAAAAUACAUCAUUAUGACGCCAUAUCUCCGCUUUUCGAUCCCAAGUCGGGUGGGAGUGGCGAAUCAGCAUUCACAAUCGGCUCACGCAAGGGUAUGGAAAUCAUUACUCGCCUACAGACGGAAUCACGUCCAGACCUGUUUCACCCCCGAGUCGCAUUCGAUGGCAAGAAAAAUAUAUGGUCCACCCAUCGUCUCAAUUUUGUUAAUGGAGGUGACAGCGAAGAGUUUCACCUGCCUCUUAACCGUAUGGAUCCCGACAACCCCAGACCAAAUCCUAGGAUGGUAUCCGUCAGAGUUGUAUUUGUAGCCAUCGUCGACCCUCGUGUCUUAGAGCCUCUCGUAGCUGGAGCCGUUAAACGCAUAGAGCCAGAUGGAGAAAUUGCCACAACAAUUAACAUGCUGAAUGUCUUUGUUCGGGUGUCUCCUAUCAGCUCGUGGCCGCAUAAUGCGCGGGCUUUUUUCGCCAAUAAUGUCUGUACUUCAAUAGACGGUCUACAACUAUGGCGAGGUUAUUUUCAGAGCGUACGUCCUACUCUCGGAGGAAUGAUAAUUAAUGUGGACAUAUCCGCCGCCGCCAUUAUUCCCCCAAAGCGUUCUCUUUUACCUCUAUGUGCUGAGUACCUGAAGCUGAGAGAACCAAGAGCCUUGCACAGACUCAGAGACGAGCAAUUUUUCGAGCUCAGGACGUUUCUCAAAGGACUACGGGUAUACAUUGACCUUCCAACUCACAAAGGAAGAUCUCGCAAGAUUGAAGAUGUCGUCAGGAACGCUGGAAGAAUUACAUUUGAAAGAGGUAUUACGACUAUUACCAUAGCGGAACAUUUCCGACAAGCGCACCAAAAAACUAUUCCUCUAGACGGUUUAGGUAUUAGAGUUGGAAAAGGUGAAAUAUUCCCGCUGGAGGUUUGCGUAACAGCAGAGGCCCAGCUAUACAAAAAAAAGCUCAGCCCAGAGCGAGUCAGCCAGAUGAUUUCGUUCUCUCCUGGUAAACCCGAAGCUAGAUUACGGGCCAUUCGAGAUGGUUGGGAUCUCCUAGAUUACGAAAAUUCAGAUUAUGUGCGCAAUGCCGGUAUCCGGAUAUCGAAGGAGCCCAUGAAAGUGACAGGGCGUAUCCUACCUCCGCCAAGUAUACAGUUCAAAACUUUACAACAGGCAAAGGAACCCGGCGUAUGGGACAUGAUGGGGAAGCAAUUCAAAUAUCCAGCAAAAAUAAGCAGUUGGACAGUGGUGAGUUUCGCAGCUGAAAGAGCGACAUCAAGUGCGCUACAACAAUUUGUCUCGGACCUGACCAAAGUCAUGAGAGAGCGAGGAAUGAUGGUUUCAGAUCCUCAUGAUAUCGCCAUAGGACACGAAGCGAGGGUCGAAGAGAGCAUUGGAAGAGCUGGUGCUGCUGCCAAGGCUGUCUUCGUACUUGUGAUUUUGCAAGAGAAUGCUGCUUUGACAUAUCAACGAGUCAAGCGAUUUGGUGACAUCACACAGGGUGUCCCCACUCAUAAUAUAUUUAAGAAAUGGGUGUCUCACAAAUUCAAUCGAUAUGACACUCGAAAAAUGAAUCAGUAUCAAAAUAACCUUGCGCUCAAGAUCAACGGGAAAUUGGGUGGGAUCAAUAGUGGUCCUACCAAUGAGGCCAUGACCCAACUUGCAGCAAAGCCUACCAUCGUACUAGGAGCCGAUGUGAGCCAUCCAGCUCCUGGAGAAGGUUUACGGCCCUCCACAACAUCCCUUGUUUCCUCAUGUGACGCUCGUGCACUCCAAUAUGUAGCCUCAGUGCGUAUACAGAGAUCUCGCCUCGAGAUUAUCCAGGAUUUACGAGAAAUGGUUGGUCGUGCACUCACUGUAUUUCAAACAAAGACCACAGUGCUUCCCAGACGAAUGUUUUUCUAUCGCGAUGGAGUUUCCGAGGGCGAACUUCACAGGGUGAUUAAUUACGAGAUCAAUGCUAUAGGAGAGGCUAUAUCGAAGGUUUAUGGCGCAGCGAGGAGUACUUGGCCUGCUUUGACUUUCAUCGUCGUUGGCAAGCGACACCACAUUCGCUUUUUCCCUCAACCACAGGAUGCCCACACUUUUUCAGGCAACUGUCAGGCUGGUUUCGUCGUUGAUAGUGAUAUUGUUCAUCCAGUCCAUUACGAUUUUUAUCUUCAAUCGCACGCUGGUAUCAAAGGAACAAGCCGGCCCAGCCACUAUAUCGUUCUACGAGACGACAAUGGUUUAAAUGCUGACGCUCUUCAAGAGCUUUCGUAUGGUUUGUGCCACGCAUAUGCCCGUGCGACACGCUCAGUAUCUAUUCCCGCCCCUGUGUAUUACGCAGACCUUGUAUGUCGAAGGGCCAAGUUCCAUUACGAUCCAGCCUGGAAUUUUGAAGACAAUGUUUCUGUUCAUUCCGACGAUGGCCCCAGCCUUCAAAGUUUCCAAGAUCACUUUAGCGAUAUCUCGCGCAGCCUGGAGAACUCAAUGUAUUUUUUGUGA